AUGGCAACUAAUAAAGACAUUGAAUCUGAUACUGGUGAUAUAAACCGAAUUUCUCGUGAUUAUGCGGUAAUGAGAUUGGAAAUUAUGGAGCAAUCUGAUUUGUUAGGGCUCUCUGAAGUAGAUUUUAGGGAUUUAUCUAACGAAUUUCACUCGUCGCAGCGAAAAUUGUUGUUAUCGUUGAACCGUUUAGAGCGUACCAAUGAACUUGAAAUUACAGUUAAGUUUGAUACAAAGAUGAAACAAAUUAAACAAAGAUUUGUAGAAAUGAAUUCUAUAGAUAAAAAAUCUAUUUCUAAUAUAAAUGUUAAUAACAAUGAACCACAAGUUUCCGUAAAAUUACCCAAAAUCAAUAUAAAACCGUUUGAUAGUAAUUUGGAUAAUUGGAUUUCCUUUAUUCAAUUAUAUAAUUCGCUUAUCCAUAAUAGGACGAAUAUAUCAAAUGUGGAGAAGUUACAUUAUUUAUUGUCAAGUGUACAGGGUAAAGCUUACGAUUUGAUUAAGAAUUAUCCUCUCACUAAUGAAAAUUAUCUAAAUGCUUAUGAAACUCUUUUGAAAUAUUAUAACAGACAGCGACAAAUAGCUACAGCUUAUUAUGAGAAGUUGCUACAUUGUGAACCCAUUAAAUUUAAGACCAGUUCAGAACUUGAACGCAUUUAUCGUACAUUUUCAGAAAAUUUGGCUAUUCUAGAUAAAUAUAAAUUGCCGGAUAAGAAUUUUAUGUUGUUUCAUUUGUUGUGGUCAAAAUUGGAUAAAUCUACAAGGGAAGCAUUCCAACUUGAACAGAAUACAGAAGAUGUUCACAGUAUACCUAAGUUUGAACAUCUACAAAAUUUUAUUGAAAAACACUAUAGGGCUUUAGAGUUAAGUAGUGUUAAUUCGUUGUCAUUGGGUUCAAAGUUUAAUCCGAAUUUAUACAAAGUUGGUAAUCAAUUAAAAUUUAAGGCAAAAUCAUCUCUUUUAGUGUCUAAUACAGCUUGUGUAUUUUGUAAAGGACAGCAUGUUCUGGCUAAAUGUGAAAAUUUUAUAAGCUUGAGUGUUAAAUCACGUUUCGAUUUUGUUAAAGAAAAUCGUUUAUGUUUAUUGUGUUUCUCGAAUAAUCACACCCUAAAACAGUGUCGUGCUACUUAUCGUUGUGAAGCCUGUAAUUAUUCUCACCAUACAUUGUUGCAUUUUGAUAAACCUAAGCCUGAAGCUCCUGUUGUCGAUGAAAAAGCCUCAAGUAGUACUGUUUUGACUUCAAUAGCAAAUAUUAGUCAUAGCAAAACAGUUUUAUUCUCUACAGCUAAAGUUUUAAUAAAGGAUGGACAGGGUAAUUAUCAAACCGUUCGUGUGUUAUUAGACUGCGCAAGUGCUUGUAAUUUUAUUUCGGAGUCCUGUGCCAAGUGGUUACAAUUGCCUAUAACUAAAACAAAUCAGUCAAUCAAUGGUAUUGGUCAUUCUUUAGCAAAACCACUUGGAUUAUCUGUUUGUGAAAUAAAGCCGACGAAUUCCUUCUCAUCAAGUGAACUUAAAUUCAAAGCUUUGGUGUUGUCGUCAAUUUGUGCCGAUCAACCAAGUCAGCAUAUUAAUGCCUCAAAUUGGUACCAUAUAAAAAAAUUGCCACUUGCUGACCCUGAUUUCGAUUGCCCAGGACCAAUUGAUAUUUUAUUGAACGCUAGUAUUUUUGUAUCAUCUUUACUACCUGGUUUGAAAAGAGGUGUCGCAGGGCAGCCGUGUGCAUUGCAGACGGUCUUCGGCUGGAUUUUAAUGGGUGAAUGUAACGGCACUGAUAGUUUUCACCAUACACGUGGGGAUUGUUUCCUUAUAACAGAUACUUCCCAAUGUAAUAUAUCGAAUUUGUCAUUAGAUAAUUGUAUUAGAAGGUUUUGGGAGACGGAAAGUAUCGCAUCGUUACCAAAGAUUUUAUCUAGGGAAGACAAUCGAUGCGAGUAA